AUGGAUGUGCUAGCAUUGAGGAUGGAUGCCAGACAUCCUCUUCUCGCACGAUACCGCAGGACACAGAACAAUGGUAAUCUGGACCAAUCCAUAAAUCACUUCGAACAUGCCUUGUAUCUCUGCCCCGUGCAUCAUCCCUACUACCCUGCAGCACUAUUCAAUCUAGCCACCACAAAACUCAUUAGUUGCCAAGCCAACAGAAGACACCUUGACCUCAACAUACCUAUCUCUCUUUUUCAAGAUGCACUCAAUUUGUGUCCCAUUGGUCAUCCAGACCGACCCAUCACCCAACUCCAUCUUGCCAUUUCUCUGCUCUCUUGCUUUGCGGGACGGGGAUCUCAAAAUGAUGUUGACAUGGCUGAAGAGUUACUGAGCAAAGUGCUCAAUGUCUGUCAUGCCAAGAGCCACAUUUACAGAGUGGUUUUGAUUGCAAGAAAAACAUCUGCUCUGCAUCCUGCUGGAAGCUUGGAUGAAAACUAUCUUCAACAGGAGUGGCCUGAUGCAUUCAUGCUUUCGUUAUCACCAAAUCAGCUUGCUCAUCAAAUAGAGUGGUGCUUCCAGAGGGAUGAGCCCCAUGCCUUAGAUGAAGUGAUAUCCCUUCAUCAUGAUGCACUGGGAUACUACGAUACUGAACAUGCUUACCGAGGGCAGUUGCUAGGUAAUCUGGCUACAAUACUGCAAACUCGCUUCGAGCGUCGAGGCAAUGGCAAAGACUUGGAUCAGGCCAUCAUAUAUCAGAUGGAAGUGCUGGCCUUGCACCCGGUUGGUGACCCAGAUCGGCCCUCAUCAUUAAAUAGCCUUGCAAAUCGGCUCUCUACCUGCUUUGAAUACCGAGGCAAUAAUGAUGAAGACCUGGAUCAUGCUAUCGCGCUUCAUAGGGAAGCGCUGGCUCUGUGCCCUAUUGGUCACCCAGAUCAGUCCUCACCAUUAAAUUAUCUUGCGAAACAACUUUUUAGCUGCUUUAACCAGCGAGGCGUUUACGAAGACUUGGAUGAGGCUAUCACCUUUCAUAGGGAAGUGCUGGCCUUGCAGCCGGUUGAUCACCUAGAAUUGUUUUCAUCAUUGAAUCAUCUUGCAGUUCAACUUUCCACCUGCUUUCACCACCGAGGCAAUGUCGAAGACUCAGAUGAGGCUAUUGCACUUCAAAGGGAAGAGCCGGCACUGCACCCUGUCGGCCACCCAGAUCAGUCCAGGUCAUUAAUUAAACUUGCUGAUCAACUGUACACCUGCUUUGAUCACCACGGCAAUGACAAAGACUUGGAUGAGGCUAUUGCACUCCACAGAGAAGGCCUAGCUUUGCACCCUGAUCGGUCUUCCUCAUUCAAUAAUUUCGCAAAUCAAUUCUCCACCCACUUUGAACACUGA